AUGAUGACGUACAAGAGAAACACCAGUGGCCUUUUUCGCCAUUUCAAGGCGCCAUUGACUCUCUCAACAUCCCCGUAUUCAUCUUGUUUGGAAUGUGUUCAAAAUCAAAGACGUUAUCGUCUUAGUAUUGCCACAUCCGAUGGCACUUCAACAAACUUAAACCUCAGCAGUAGCGGUGGUAUUAUUAGUAGUAAUAAUAAUAACAACAACAACAACUCAGGCUAUACAUGGGUAUGGAAUGAGACUGAGAACUGGUGUAGUCUCUGUCGUGAACCCCUCAAUAGUUGGAAUGAGCACCGCGGGAAACGUGAUCACAUUUGCCUUGAGAUGUUCUACAAUGCUCUUGUGCAGUACGGUCGGCAGUGGACACCGUCAACGCUUUGGUGGGAAGUGGAGGAGUGCACACUUCUUAAACGAGGCUGCACUAGUUUACCAUGCAAGAGUCAAGAAACUCUUGGUGAUUUUGUGGGUGGUGAACCUUAUUUUGAUUAUGUUGGUGGACCAACUACUGGAGAUGAUAAUCUAAGCAACUUAAUGAAAUACUAUGAUCGAGCUGAACACUAUGGGAGACGAUUAGAAUUGUAUACAUGUCUUCAACAUCUUAUUGAAAAUGGAAUAGUACGUACAGAUCGAGCUUCAAUAAGUGGAGGUGCUUCUUUUCAUGGUUCUCUUGUGACAUUUAAGGAACUUUUUCCAAAUCUUGUUAAUAUGUUUCCAUAUGCAGAUGCCAAGGAAAUUUCUGCAUUAACGCAAAUGAUAGCAUCUACAUAUAAUAGUGAGACUGUAUUUGAUCUGUGUAAUUUUAAGAUGCUUAUGCCAGUAGAUCAAACACAAGAAACAUCAUCAGGAAUGGUAAAAAAAAAUAUAUCAAUUCCUUUUGAAGAAAAACAAGAAAAUAAUGUUGUUCCUGAUAGUGCUACAGGUGAUUAUUCAUAUCAUUUAAAAGGUGUUUUCUGUCGUGGUGUGAUGGGACAGUUACGUUGGGCUUUGGAGCCUGAUAGUGUGGCCUCCCCUUUGCGAGGCAGUGAAGGAAGAGGAGAAGGAGGAGAGUUAUUUGAUCAUUAUCAUUGGCAUGUGCUUGCGGAGCAUACAUGUCGGGCACUAUUGGCAGAAAUGGUAUUUUGUCGUGUUUCAGAAUAUGUGGUUCGAGUGGAAGGCGUUUGGCGGCAACGUGGACAAGAGAUGGCACGGAACUCCACUUUAUUGGGGGAUAAACGUGAAUACAGUGAGCUUCAGCAAUUGGCAACCAAUUGGGGAAUGCUUAAGUAUAUGGAUAAUCGCUUCUAUGACCCGUCCUUUGGAAAUCGUUUACCAAAUGAUGGAACACCCAAGAGGAAGCGGGCUCAUGGCAGAUGA